AUGGUGGCGGCCAGCGCGACCGCCGCACAGCCAGAUGGGCCCCCGCCCUCGCAGGUGCUGCUGGACGAGUUCCGCCCGUUCCUCGACGAGAGCGUCAUCCUCGCCAUUCUAGGCGACUACGACGACCUCGCCGCAAACAUCGAGACCGCCAGGAGCACCCUUGCGAUCCUUGCCGAGAGCGCAUGGGUCGAGGAAUCAUGCGACUUCAACCCCAGCGGCGUCGCCGAUGACCCAGUGCCGUCGGAAUCACAGAAGGGUACCCAGCGCGAUGCGACGGACCCGUCCGUCUUCACGGACGGGGAGCGGUCCCUCUCGCCUUCCAUGUCAGACAGCGCAUCCGAGCCGCUGUCGGCUGAUGUUCUUGAUGGGCUAGGAUUGGGAGUGGAAGAAAUGCCCGACGACGAGAAGCUGCCCGCCUUAUACGCCAUGUUUCCGGAAAUCAAGCCUUUUGAUGUCUCGUUUGAGCUGAAGAGGGCAUCGGGCGACUUCGAUAAAGCCUUGGCCGCCCUGCUCACCAUUCAGUAUCUCGACGAGACCGGCCAGAGACAAAGGGGUACCAUCGACGCAGCCUUUUCACCGGAGCAGUCGAGUCCUGGGCGCCGUAGGAGGGGCAAAAAGAACAAGAAGGCAGCACAGCCCGAGAGUUCCAGUAACAAGCACCGGCUCGAGCUGCAGUACAGCCUAGCGCCUCUUAGCUUGGAGGAUCCGGAUGGCGUCACUUCUGCCGCCCCAUCUGCCGCCCCAUCUGCCGGCCGCCCAUCAUUGAUGAGUCCCAUCUCAUUCACGUCACCAUCCAGAUCGGCCACCGCUCCACCGGCAAGCACGCAGAUCGCACGGCCUCCAGAUCCCUCGGCAUGGCAAGAGGUGGUCAAGCGCAAGAAGCCCCCCCGGGUCGGCCGCUCCGCGACAACGUCUCCCAUCGGGGGCGGCGACUCAACGUCGCUGCGCGACGCAGCGCUUGAAUCGUUCAACCAGGCUCACGCGGCUUGGCGGCACGGCAAGUCGAACCCGCUUCACCGGCCCGCGGCAGUCGUGUACGCGGAGCGGGGCCACGCGUUGGUCGAGUCGGCGCUGGCGAUCGAGCGCGCCGAGCACGAGGACCUUGUCAACCGGCAGAGCACGGCCGGCCGGGUCGACUUACACGGCGUCACGGUCCGGUCCGGCGUCGAGAUCGCGCUCGAGCGCACCCGCGAGUGGUGGCGCGCCGUCGGCGACCGCGAGGCCGUGUCGCGGGGGGUCACGGCCAAGAGGGAGCCGUUGUACGUCGUCACAGGCGCCGGCAAGCACAGCGUCGGCGGGGUCUCGCGCCUGCGCAAAGCUGUCGGCGUCGCUCUCGCGCGGGAUGGGUGGAUCGCCGAGGCGCGGACGGGCGAGUAUGUCGUGACUGGUCGCAAGAACUAA